GGGCGCCGCGCGGGAAGUCCGAGCCGGCGGCGGCGGCGGCGGCGACGACCGGAGUAUGAGCCUGGAGCGCGAGCUUCGCCAGCUGAGCAAGGCCCAAGCCAAGGCCCAGAGGAGCGGGCAGCUGCGUGAGGAGGCAGCCUGCUGCCACCAGCUGGGGGAGCUGCUGGCCGGCCAUGGCCGCUACGCAGAGGCGCUGGAGCAGCACCGGCGGGAGCUGCAGCUCCUGGAGGGCGCGGGCGACAGCCUGGGCUGCGCGGUGGCGCACCGCAAGAUCGGGGAGCGCCUGGCGGAGCUGGAGGACUUCGCGGCUGCCCUGCAGCACCAGCAGCGCUACCUGGAGCUGGCUGGUUCCCUAUCCAACCACACCGAGCUGCAGAGGGCCUGGGCCACCAUAGGCCGCACCCACCUGGACAUCCACGACCACUCCCAGUCGAGGGAGGCCUUGCUGCAGGCGCAGGCGGCCUUUGAGAAGAGCUUGGCUAUCGUUGACGAGAAGCUGGAAGGGGUGCUGACUCCGCGGGAGCUGAGCGAGAUGAGGACCAGGCUCUACCUCAACCUGGGCCUCACUUUUGAGAGCCUGCAGCAGACGGCCCUGUGCAACGCCUACUUCAAGAAGAGCAUCUUCCUCGCUGAGCAGAACCACUUGUAUGAGGACCUGUUCCGUGCCCGCUACAACCUGGGAACCAUCCACUGGCGUGAAGGGCAGCUCUCCCAGGCCAUGCGCUGCCUGGAGGGGGCCCGGGAGUGCGCGCGCGCCAUGAAGAAGCGGUUCAUGGAGAGCGAGUGCUGCGUGGCGGUCUCACAGAUCCUCCAAGACCUGGGGGAUUUUUUGGCUGCCAAACGAGCCCUGAAGAAGGCCUACAGGCUGGGCUCCCAGAAGCCUCUGCAGAGGACGGCCGUCUGCCAGAGCCUCAAGUAUGUGCUGGCGGUGGUCCGGCUGCAGCAGCAGCUGGAGGAAGCCGAGGGCAGUGACCCUCAAGGCGCCAUGGCCGUCUGUGAGCAGCUGGGGGACCUGUUCUCCAAGGCAGGCGACUUCCCCAGGGCGGCUGAGGCGUACCAGAAGCAGCUGCGUCUCGCCAAGCUGCUGCAGAGGCCGGGGCCCGAGCUGGCCGUCAUCCACGUGUCGCUGGCCACCACCCUGGGAGACAUGAAGCAGCACCGCCAGGCCGAGCACCACUACCGAGAGGAGCUGAGGCUGCGCCAUGGCAACGCCCUGGAGGAGGCCCAGACCUGGUUCAACAUUGCGCUGUCCCGUGAGGAGGCCGGCGACGCGUACGAGCUGCUGGCCCCCUGCUUCGAGAAGGCCCUCAGCUGUGCCCAGCAGGCCCAGCAGCACCAGCUGCAGAGGCAGGUUCUGCGGCACCUCCACACCGUGCAGCUGAGGCUGCAGCCGCAGGAGGCCCACGGCACUGAAGUCCGACUGCAGGAGCUCCGUGUGGAGGAGGAGGAGGAGGAGGAGGAGGAGGGGGAGGCAGAGGCCAGCGAGGCCUGGGAGGCCAGUGAGCCGGAGCUCUCGGAGAGCGAGGAAGACGCUGACGGCCUGUCCCAGCAGCUCGAGGACGAGGAGCUGCAGGGCUGCCUGGGCCGGCGGAAGGUGGACAAGUGGAACCGGCGCAACGACAUGGGGGAGACCCUGCUGCAUCGGGCCUGCAUCGAAGGCCAGCUGCGCCGUGUCCAGGACCUCGUGAGGCAGGGCCACCCUGUGAACCCUCGGGACUACUGUGGCUGGACACCUCUGCACGAGGCCUGCAACCACGGGCACCUGGACAUCGUCCGCUUCCUGCUGGACCAUGGGGCCGCGGUGGAUGACCCAGGCGGCCAGGGCUGCGAGGGCAUCACGCCCCUGCAUGACGCUCUCAACUGCGGCCACUUCGAGGUGGCUGAGCUGCUCAUUGAGCGGGGCGCGUCCGUUACUCUCCGGACCAAGAAGGGCCACAGUCCACUGGAGACGCUGCAGCAAUGGGUGAAGCUGUACUGCAAGGAGCUCGACCUGGAGACGCGGCAGAAGGCUGGGGCCAUGGAGAGGCUGCUGCAGGCGACUGCGGGCCGAGCUGCCCACAGCGCCCAGGCCUCCCGGACGGUGCCCAGCAACCAUUUGUUUGACCCUGAGACAUCUCCUCCCUCGAGCCCCUGCCCGGAGCCACCCUCUCGAACCCCUGGACCUGCAGAGGCCUCCCAGGCCUACGUCAGGGCUCCUCCAGUGGCCACCAGGCCUCGGAGGAGCAGGCACUGGGUGGCCAGCAGCAGCAGCUCGGAGGACGAGGACGGCUCGGGUCACCCCCGGCCGUCUCACAAGAGGCCCCGGCACUCUCCCUCGGAGGCGGCUGCCGCGGGUGCUGGCAGGGCAGCCUACCAGGCGGCCAUCCGCGGCGUGGGCAGCGCCCAGAGCCAGCGCCUGGGGUCUGGCUCUCGGGGCCUGGCCAGAGCCCCCACCUCCCGGGCCGCACUCAUCCCUGAGGAGGAGUAUGUGGCUGGGGACUGGCUGGAGCUGGACACACCCCAAGCCCCCAGCCGGCAGAGCGGCCGCCCAGCCCGCCCCCAGGGCAAUGGGGACAGCAGAAGGCCUCGUGCCGCGGGCCAGGACAGUGAGGAGUGCCCUGCCAGGCCCCGGGCCCAGGCCCAGCAGACCCGCCCAGCCUGUCCUGAGGGCUGGAGUGCCCCCAGGAGCACAGGGGACAGCGGCCUGGCUGCAGAGCCUCCAAGGAGCCCCAGCACCCCCAGGGCCUCAGGCCCACCCUCGGGUCCGGUGCCGCCCCCUCCCCUCAGGGUCCGGGUUCGAGUUCAGGAUAAUCUUUUCCUCAUCCCUGUCCCACACAGCAGUGAGGCCCCUCCGGUGGCCUGGCUGGCCGAGCAGGCUGCCCAGCGCUACUACCAGACCUGUGGCCUGCUGCCCAGGCUCACCCUUCAAAAGGAAGGGGCUCUGUUGGCCCCACAAGACCCCAUCCCUGACGUGCUGCAGAGCAACGAUGAGGUACUGGCGGAAGUCAGCUCAUGGGACCUCCCCCCGCUGGCUGACCGCUACCGUCGGGCCUGCCAGAGCCUAGGGCAAGAGGAGCACCCGCAGGUGCUGCAGGCUGUGGAGCACCAGGACUCGGGCCCCUCGUUCAGUGCCUGCUCCCUGGCCCUGCGCCCGGCCCAGCUCACGCCCCUCCUACGGGCCCUCAAGCUCCACACGGCGCUCCGGGAGCUGCGGCUGGCAGGGAACCGGCUGGGGGACGGGUGUGCCGCUGAGCUGCUGGCUACAUUGGGUACCAUGCCCAGCCUGGUCCUCCUCGACCUGUCCUCCAACCACCUGGGCCCUGAAGGUUUACGCCAUCUCGCCACGGGCCUCCCAGGCCAGGCUGUGCUGCAGAACUUGGAGGAGCUGGACUUAAGCAUGAACCCGCUGGGGGACGGCUGUGGCCAGGCACUGGCCCUCCUCCUGCAGGCUUGCCCCGCACUCAGCACCCUGCGCCUGCAGGCCUGCAGCUUCGGCCCCGGCUUCCUUCUGAGCCACCAGGAAGCCCUGGGAAGUGCCUUCCGGGAUGCCACGUGCCUGGAGACCCUGUCCCUGUCCUACAAUGCCUUGGGUGCCCCUGCCCUUGCCAGGGCCCUGCACAGCCUGCCAGCCCACUCCCUCCUGCGCUUGGAGCUCGGCUCCGUGGCAGCCAGCAAGAGUGACCUGGGCCUCAUGGAGCCUGUGCUCAGAUACUUGACCCAGGAAGGCUGUGUGCUGGCCCACCUGAGCCUGCCUGCAAACCACCUGGGAGACAAGGCUGUGAGAGACCUCGGCAGCUGUCUCCCCGUCUGCCCCUCGCUUGUCUCCCUCGACCUGUCUGCCAACCCUGACAUCAGCCGCAGCAGCCUGGAGGAGCUCCUGGGCGCCCUUCAGGAGCGGCCCCAAGGCCUCGGCUUCCUGGGACUGUCAGGCUGUGCCGUGCAGGGACCCCUGGGCGCCGGCCUCUGGGACCGCAUCGGCGCGCGGCUGCGGGAGCUGCGACUGUGCAGCCGCCAGCUCCGCGCCGAGGACCGCGACGCCAUGCUGCAGCUCCAGCCCGGCGCCGGCGCGCUGCUUCGCGGCCGCAAGCUCUUCUUCCGGCGCCUUUGACCCCCGCCCCCAAGCCCCCAAUAAACGCAGCUGAAGCCGGCCU